ACUUCAAACAUGUGACGGACUCCGGCAAAUCAUCCUGAAAUCCUAAAUAGCGUGGCGCCUCGCAUUAAGGACAAUGGGGUACUGUUUGAAUUAUUGAUGGUAACGUCUGAGGUGAAUCAUGAUUGCGUUCUCCUCCCCUACAUCCGAGAAUCGAAUUUGGAUAGAUAGGGUGGGAAGGAGUCAGGAAUAAGCAUAAACAGACCGAUAACUGCUCAGCAUCCAACACAUGAAGCACAUUCAAGAAUAAUCAACUCGAGCGCCCAUUACCUAUGAAAAAUGCAAUAGCAACCCAACGUCUCAACCUUUCCCUCGCGCAAGGCACUCAGUACCACUGCCCACCUCACCACGACAACCACCGAUAGUUCAUCUGUCGUGAACGACAACCUCAACCAUUUGUCCCAUCACAUUGUGGGCCUUGGAUGCUGAUUUGCGCAUGAUUUGGCUACUGCUGCUGGGAACCUCACUUUAAUCAACAUAACCUCGGGGACCAAUUUAUCGUGUCUUUUGGCAGCAUUUCAAUCCAGGACCCUUAACGAGCUUGUUUGGUAGACAGAAUGAAGCGAAAUGGAGUAUUUAAAAAUAAAUAUCCCCCAAAUUAAUUGCUCCUGAUUUUAAAAUCCAGUCUUCCAUUUAAUAUGUCUCCCUAAAUUAUGCACCGAAAUCCAGGUGUUUAUAUUUGGUUAUGUAACAUACUGAAUUGCAAAGGGCUAUUCAAUAACGUGAGGGAGUGUCUCAAGUGUCUUCAGAUAUACGGUUCCUAAGAUUAAAAUUAGUUGCCUUGGGCAUUGCUGUACAGAUGCAUUCAUUCUGCCCAAAGCCGUACACGUCCGAUUUCUAACGUGCUGUUACUGUAUGGAGGUACGUAAAGCUAGAACUGAGUCGUAUAAUUACGCAAAAAAAUACUGGUAUAUGCGCUUUCGAUGUGUAGCACAUAGCGUAAGACACUCAUCAGAACCUCAGUUUUAUUAAUGAUUUAUUUCGCAGCAGGUUCUUUUAUUCACAUACAAAAACCGAUUCCGCAGGUAUUCAUUUCUAUAGAUGCAGCAUCCCAAUUAGGCUUUAAUGGUAGCAAUACAGGGGACCGGUGGAUGAGAAUGCUUUGUUCAACGAAUUUUGGGCAUCCUCCAGCGUACGCCUUGUCCAUACUGAACGGAAUGUGCUCGCUUUCGACAACAUAGACGGCGUUGUAUUGGUGAGGCCAGCCUUAAGAUCGAAGUCUGAUAGAAGAAUCACAUCUUCCAUUUCGUCUGCUUCGUACGCGUACGUGACAUCCACGGUAACACUCAAGAAUACAUCCUGAAGCGUAUAUGUUUCAGGCAUGUACGACAACCACUGACGGCUGAUUGGCAUUAGUCUCUGAAAUUCAGGGUAGAAUUCGCUAUUUGUCAAGCAGGUGCAUGCUUAGGUUAGAAUAUCGAUUGUUUGACAUUACUUCACAUUACCAAAAUCAUAUUUGUUUACGCAUAAUUUAUAAACUAACCAGUAAAGUAACAGUCAUCGUUAUGGAAGGGAAGUUCACAUGGCAUUCACACUGCAUAGUCUUCUUUUUGCCCACGAUUCGUGUUGCUAAGCAACCGGUGCCAACCGGUUUGGCGUCCUUUUCAAAGUAUACUUGCGUGCGCACUUGCCGUGUGUACGUCCUUUUAACAACGGAGAGGUCGGCCUGCCCCAGUAAAUGUGUCACGACCAGGGGUAGAUCUAUGAUGGUUCCAUUACGUGGACAAUGUCUGAGGUCUUGAAAAGAAUUUUGAUUAUCCAAUUCAGUGUUUGGUAUGUUUCGCAAACAUAAAUACUAAUUUCUACUUCUUGUUUUCAUCGAACUCCUACAUUAACCAGCCUGCUAAGAAGACUACAUGAGUUACUGUGUGUAGUUCCUUGUUUGUAUGACAACGUAGUCAGUAAAAUUGACCUGGUACUGAGAACGGAAACAUGGAAGAUUCCAAGAUCGAAGUCUGAACUUUUAAUAAGUUAGAAGGCUGACGGUCAAAAUACAUAAAGUUGGACUAGAUCGCGUUCAGAGCACUUACUGUUAGAUUUGACUUUUGUAAUUACGCAAAGCAAGAUACCUGCAUACACGCAGAUGGAUCUGUCCAUAUUGCUCUGACUCUUACUGGUAUAUCAGUGACGCUAUCAUGGACUUAUAGAGACUAUAGCACCAGUACAUUUCCCUUCUCCAAAUCCCUCUAUUGUCAUUGGUUAGACGUAGUGAGAGACGGUCAAUCAGGAAGACUUUUCACACACCAAGGCGUCGAAUUUUCACAUCAGUUCAUGACGAUAGGCGGCCCUGAUAAGUGGAAACCCUUAAAACCCUGAAUAUAGUUGUCUUCAAAUCUAAGAACAUAUUCGCUUCUAAUUCGUGGUUGAUUCAUUACAGAAUAGGGGAAGAGACUUUAGAUUUCCAAGGACUACUUGCUCAUUAAGUAUUUCACAUUCUUAACUAUUUGCAAUAUCACAAGUCAUGUUUGUAAGUACUGUUGGCCUACGACAGCUGGUUUAGCGCAUACGGUUUGCCGACAGAAAAGCCUCCCCUAAGUUACUUGCCACGCAUGUUCUACUGCACGCUAAGCAACAAACUGCCAUCUCCCACGCAAUUGGGAAGUGUGCACCUCGACUCGGUCCCCAUGCGGCUUCGGCUGCACGGGCGACUUGAGUCUGAGACUAUCCCGACACGUCAAUCGUCGUGGACAGGAAGGCUGCUGAUUGACGCCCCCACUCGUCCCACGUGGUCCGUCCCGAUGUGUUUGUUUUGUGUGGAGGGGCGGACUGGUGGGCUGGGAGACGGGCUGAAACAGCAUCUUCCACGGCCCUCUCACGCAAGUGAGAGACACGCCACUGAACCCCCGUUGAGUGAAAUCUUGGUGUGUGUGUGUGUGUGUGUGUGUGUAUUUGUGUGUGUGUUUGUGUUGUGCCCUCCACACGGGCCACGUGUUAGAUGCGCUGGACUGACACGGGGGCCACAUCGGACUCUGGCAGGCGUUAUCUGUGCGCAAUAACAAAUGCCAACACUUGCGGGGUGCGCUUGCGGACCCUGUUGUCUGCAUUCGUCGCUCAACUGGACCACUGCCGCCACGCCAUUAUUUUGUGGUCAAAAUCCUGGUCAUUAAGUGUGGACCAGGGGGGGCGGAGUGGAGCGCCAAGGCGAGGAUCCGUCUGAGCCAUCCACCUGCGGCCUCCCUCGUCUCCGGUAUUCUUGACUUGGUCUUGACACCGGGCUCAGGCGGGGAGGAGGAGGAGAGAGUGCAGGUAGAUGCUACGCAAGUCUACUGGCACUAUAAACCCCUGCGUUAGUCACCGUCCCUACUCCCGCAAUGCAGUCUGUCGGGCACACGGUAGACAUCAUCGAAAUCGAUGGUCGAACUGUCGUGUGUGUGUGUGUAGUGGGGAGGGGGGCAGGUCGUGCAAUUGGCGCGCGCAGUCUUGGUCAGUCGACCAUGACAGCCACCGCGCCCAUUUCCCACUUCAGUCUGCUGACCGGCUCGGACAGCGGCUGGUGUGUGGGAAUGGGACGGGAGAGUGAGGUCGACUCAGCACACUUAUCCUCACUUUAAACAAUGCGACGUGCUUGAAGCUCUCACGGUGCGCUAAAAGCCGUGGCUUGGAAGUUGCCAACUGAUGGGAUAACAUGGACCUCCUCCUGGACUAGUGGUGGUAUGAGAGUCGGGCUGCAAUUGCUCCUUCUUAGUGUGGCCUUUAUGGCACUCCCACUACAGUGAGGGAUCCGAGCCAGGGGUUUGCGGCACGCCUAGUUGUGACUGCUUCGGCCGUGCCAGCCUCCAAUGUCUGUUGUGUUGGUCAAAAUCCUGGUCAAUUGUUGUGUGGACCAGGGGUUGCGGAGUGGAGCGCCAAGGUGAGGAUCCGUCCGCACCAUCCACCUGCGGCCUCCCUCGUCUCCGGUGUUCUUGACUCCGUCUCGACACCGGGCUCGGGCGAGGGAGGAGGAGAGAGUGUAGGUAGAUGCAGCGCAAGUUUACCUACACGGGUGUAGGGGUGUCCAGCGGUGGGUCCACGUGAUGGUCGUAGUGGUCGCUAGCUUGCUUGCAGGUGAGACCACGCCUAGCGUCCAUGUGUUGGCACCCACAUCUUGCCUUGUCUCUACGUAGCCCGGCUCUGCGCAGCGGUCAAACCCCGGACAACUGCCUCGACCGGCGAGCUAAACCAGGUGAGGGUAUUCGUGCGUGCAUCUGCACAAACGUUUCUGUGGUCUGGCUGGAUGGAUCUACGCGUCGACAUCUUUGAGACAUGUCUCUGCCUGGACCGACGCAGGAGGCCACCAGGUAAGUGAAUUCUUAGGCAAGCGAGCUUUGCUCUGUUCCUUACUCACUUGUGUGCCUAUGUUUCGUGUUGUACGCUAAUCUUGUUGCCUACUCUGUUUCCGUAAGUUUGUGCCUCUCUUUGCUAAUAGCUAGACGUAUCUGUGCCUGCCUCGAAUGAUGCCAUUCCUAACUUGUCUCACUUGUCUUCUUAUUUACAUGCUUAAUUCCUGUGCUGUCUGCUGCUCUUGUUGCCUGCUUUGUAUCUGUUAAUCUAUGCCUAUCUCUGCUAGUGGCCAUGUGUUACGAAUGUGAUUUUGAAUGAUGCCCUGUUACUUCUGUUUCUGCCUGAUGACUCUAUCUGUGUGUCCAUCCUAUCUGUAAGUCCCAUAUCGUUCUGCUGUGUGUAUGCUCUCUCCUACUUAGUUACCCCCCAUGACCGACAAGGUCCCGGCUAAUUCGGGUUGUUCUCCCACUAAAAAUAUGUCGUGGACCAUAGUGGAGUUCGGCAGCCGUCUGGGAUAGCCGGGCAGCCCGAUUUAGGGGGUACGAUGCCUGCCCUCGCGAGGGGAAGGAGCUAGAAAAUGUGCCCAAAAAUUGCUUGGAACCACGCUGUCUGUAGUCUGGCCAUGGCCGCAGACAAAGCACACACGGUCGAAACAACACCAAUCACUCUCUUCCUUGUCCUGAUUGUUCUCUUCCUUCCCCUCCUUCUCCUCUUCGCCGACGAAAUCGCCAGACUGGAAGGGUGAGUCCACUGACCCUGACAGACUUGAUUGCUCGGUCUCUUUUAGACAAUCCGAGGAGCCACCGACCAGAUCGGAGGACAGCGCCGGUGGACCGGGAACUGGCGCUCUACAAGGUGGACGUCGCCGCACUCAGCGAGACUCAAUUCGCCGAACAAGGCCAACGGGAGGAUGUGAGUGCCGGCAACACCUUCUUCUGGUGUGGUCGCCCCAGGACAGAACGACGAGAUACGCGUGUCGUUUUCGCCAUCCGAAACGACAUCAUGGGACGACUGCCCUGUUUGCCGAAGGGCAUCAAUGAUCGCCUGAUGAGCCUCCGUCUGCCUCUCUGGGGAGGCAAAUUCGCCGCCAUCAUUAGCGCCUACGCUACGCGGAUGGCCAGCCCUGACGCCGCAAUAGACACAUUCUACGAGGACCUGCACGCCCUUUUGGCGACUGUGUCGAAGGCGGACAGGUUGAUUCUCCUUGGCGACUUCAACGCCGCGUCGACACAGACCAUACUGCCUGGAAAGGAGUGCUGGGACACCAUGGUCUCCGCGGCUCAAACGACAGUGGUCUGCUGCUGCUCCGCACCUGCGCAGAACACCGCCUCAUCCUGA